CUGUGUCUGUGUUUUAUUUAGAAAAAGUAUCAAAUAAAUUUAUGCAUAAUGUGUUUUGUAUCCUCUUUGAUAGCGGGGCGGAGAUUGAUAUUGAUUAUUGAUUUGUUUUUUGUCGUAAGCUCCUGUGCAUCAUUAGCAAAGAGUAUAUAAAUUAAUUCCCGGUUUCUGGAAUAUCUCUAACAAAUAGCAAGGAGCCGGAAAUUUAUUGUUCUUUCAAAGGUGAUUAAAAUAUAAAAUGAGUCGAGAUAAACGUGAGCCCGAUUAUCCUUUAGAAUUAGAAAGUCAGUUUAUAAUGAAAAUGCCCGCUGAGCCUGCAAAAGCUCUAAAAGAAUUGAUCAGGUCUGGAGAAAACUUCAAAAAUAGACUUACAAUACAAAUGGAUAAUGAUAUGAGACACGGAGAAGUAAGAUUCGACCAUUGGUUAUUACACGCCAAAACCGUUGACUUGCCUACUAUUGUCGAGUCCUGGAAAACUAUUGACAGGAAAAGCCUCUACAAAACUGCUGAUAUCUGUCAGAUGUUGAUAUGCAAAGAGGAAAUUGACCCCCAGCCUGAAGAAGAAACCCCAGUGAAAAAUAAGAAAAAGGAUCCCCAUAAGGUGGAUAAAAAAUACCUCUGGCCUCAUGGCAUCACGCCGCCCACUAAAAACGUAAGAAAAAGGCGUUUUAGAAAAACACUCCGAAAAAAAUGUUCAGAGGCACCAGAAAUUGAAAAAGAGGUCAAAAGACUGUUGCGAGCUGACAAUGAAGCAGUCAGUGUGACUUGGGAAGUAAUCAAAGAAGAAGAUUAUAAUGCUGCUAAAAAUGAACCAUCAACUUCCAAUGAAAAACCUAAAGGAAAGAGACAACCAAAAAGUUCAACAGUUACUAAACCAGCUUCUAAAGUUGAAGAUAUAUUUGGUGGGGCAUUGAGUGACAGUGAUGGAGAAGAAGAUACUAAUGUCAAUGUUGAUAUAGAGGACAGCAGGUUGUCUCUGUAUGAUGACCAUUUAUCAGACACAAGUUCUAUUCAUGGGCCGGAAACAAGUAGGAUCCACCAGUUAGCGACUGAAUUUAAGUCAGAAAUGUUUGUUUCUCCUAAGAAAAAGUCAUCUCAGAGAAGCAGUAUACCAGUGACUGCAGACACAAGUGAUAAUUACACAGCUAAUUAUGGUGAACUAGCCCACAGUAGCGAUUCCAUUUUUAAGCUGCAGCAACUUAAAACUGACCUUGAAGAAUUGAAGCAGAGGAGACAAAGAACACAGCUGGAAAUAGCUGGCAUGGAGAAUAUGACACUGAGACAAAGGUUUCAAGACAUUUUGAAAACAUUAAACAAGGAAAUAAUAACUAAGGAGAUUGAAUUUCAGAACUUGAAAUCUCACCUAAAAUAAUCAUCACAAGUAGGAGCAGAAAAGUAAUUGUGGAAAAUUAUUAUAAAUUAUUGAUUUAUUUUGCUAUUUGUUGCAUAACAUAAUCCAUAUAAUAAUAUAGCAUAAUAUGUUCACUCUAACAUCUUAAAGAGAUAAUUGACUCUACAAUCUAUGUAAUGCUUUAUUCUGUGUGGCAUUACUUUUGAGCUUGUGGUAUUUUUGUAGAGAAUAGUAAAAUAAAUGAAUAUGUUCAUCACAAGUUGAUAAAAUAUAUGUUUGAUUUAACUAGGACAUUUAAAUCAGAAUCUAUUGAAUGUUCAGGGAAACUAAGAAAACUUGAUGUUGAUUUGAAAAAAAAAAUAUGUAUUUGAUGUUUAAGUAAGAAAUGUAAAUAAAUUAAAAUGUUUGUUUUUAAAUGUUAAUUGAUUCAAUUUUAAAUAGAUAAGAAUAAUUUAACUGUAUGGGACAAAUCAUAGCACAAACUUUAUAGCAAAGUUAAUUUAUAUCAGUGAUGUGCUCUUUCACAGAUGUAUAAAAUUAAUUACAACUAUUGAUUAAGGUAGAAAAAUUUUCCAGGGAGUAUAAAUUGAAUGUAAUGGUUUUCGUUUUGUCUCUACAGUCUUGAUAUAUUAAAACAUCAUACCUAAUAGUAUUUUAUAAUUAAUUAUUAUUAUUCUAUUAAUAUAAAUGUGUGCUUUCUAAUAACCAAAUGUAUGUUACUAUGUGUUGCCAAAGUUGUAUUGUAACUGUCUAAUAUUAUCUAUAGAAAUAAAUAAAUUUAAAGUGUC